UCUGAUUGGCCAGCGCUGCCGGAGGGUUACAAUUCAAACGCGGGCGGGCGGGCCUGCACCCCUGCAGUUACAGUCCUGUACUCCGAGUUUCUGUGACGCUGCCAGCGCCGCCAGGAUGGCCUCUCAAAACCGCGACCCAGCGGCUGCCAGCGUUGCCGCCGCCCGUAAAGGAGCCGAGCCCAGCGGGGGCGCCGCGCGGGGCCCUGUGGGCAAGAGGUUACAGCAAGAACUGAUGACCCUCAUGAUGUCUGGUGACAAAGGAAUUUCUGCCUUCCCUGAAUCUGACAACCUUUUCAAAUGGGUGGGGACCAUCCAUGGAGCAGCUGGCACAGUUUAUGAAGACCUGAGGUAUAAGCUCUCCCUAGAGUUCCCCAGUGGCUACCCUUACAAUGCACCCACCGUGAAGUUCCUCACGCCCUGCUACCACCCCAAUGUGGACACCCAGGGUAACAUCUGCCUGGACAUCCUGAAGGACAAGUGGUCCGCCCUAUACGACGUCAGGACCAUCCUGCUCUCCAUCCAGAGCCUGCUAGGAGAACCCAAUAUCGACAGCCCGUUGAACACACAUGCAGCCGAGCUCUGGAAAAACCCCACAGCCUUUAAGAAGUACCUGCAAGAAACCUACGCAAAGCAAGUCUCCAGCCAAGAGCCCUGACCCGGGCUGUCCAGACUCUCUCCUUGUGCUGUCUUUUUAUUUUUUCCUUAGAUGGUCUGUCCUUUCCUUGAUUUCUGUAUAGGACUCUGUAUCUUCAGCUGUGGUGUCAUAUUUGUUUUAUUUGUUUUUAAAUUAAGUCUCUGGUUGAGCCCCUGUGAUGACUAUAUUAAAUAAAUACAUUUUGGGUUGUUUGUUUGUA